GACUAGUCCAUCAGGAUCAGAGUACAGGGGUUAGCAGGAUGCAUUCUCAUAGGGGUAUCCAGUUCCAAGUGGUUGAAUCAGAUGACACAAACACAAACAGUAGAUAAUUUUAACCCUGCAGACCUGGCUCAGAGAAGGACAGAAAUAAUUCCUCAUUACAUUUGUAGCUAUGGAUGUCCUCUUUGGAUGGAGGUACACUUGGGAACCUAGCAAGAAUGAAAGGAAAGCCAGUAAAAAGGAGAAGAAACCUGUUAUAGAAGAGAAAAAGGAGUAUUUGGACCAGCAGUAUGUACAGGCAGCAAUCACAGACCAGGACUUGAGAAUAAUAGUCAGGUUACCAGAAGGAAUCGACCAGGAUGAGUGGUUAGCUACCAACACAAUAUCAUUUUUCCAUAAUAUCAACCUGCUGUACAGCACAAUAUCAGAGUACUGCACCAGCUCCACAUGUCCAAACAUGUCAGGCCCAGGAAACACGCAAUACACCUGGUAUGACGAAAAGGGGAAGAAGACGAAAUGUUCUGCAGCACAAUAUGUAGACUAUGUGAUGUCUUUCAUGGACAAGCACAUCACCGACGAAUCUGUCUUCCCUACAAAAUUUGGCCACACCUUCCCCAACGGUUUUGAGGCAACAGUGAAGAAGUUCUUCAGGUUGCUGCUGCACGUGAUUUCCCACAUCUACCACGCCCACUACCGGGAGCUGGUGCACCUGGACGUCCAUGCACACAUGAACUCUGCCUUCGCACAUUUUAUUCUCUUCACCCACGAAUUUAGACUGAUCGACCCUAAGGAGACUGUCGUAUUAGAUGAUCUAGUAGAAGCCAUGCACAUUUUCCCCUCAGAAAAGGACGAUGUACAAGACUCGGAAAAGCAAGAUGCAAAGGAGUCGUCAUGAGGAGUUCUGGAGAAGGAGGGGGGGGGGGGCAUAAUGUACCAGGCCAACUGCUGCUUCUCCAUGUACACUUGUGCCUCCUGUGGUGGAAAUGCUUCUGGCAGACAGAACCAUGUUGGAUAAGGAGGGGUGGAAGGGUGGCAGUGGAUUUUAAGUAGUCGAAGGGACAUGCUACUGCUCUAGUUGCAAUACUUCAUCAGAGCUACGUGUGUGUAUUAGGAAUAUGGCCUGGCAACUAACAAAAGUAUAAAAGUUCAAGUCUGUAGUGACCAGACUGUAGUCAUGCCUAUUGCACAGAUCUCUGCAGCAUUGCUGCUCCACAAAACGACAACAGUCUUGUCACUUCAAAAAUACUAGCAUUGCUCUACCGCAUGGUCAUGAAGGCUAGUGCCACCUAGGAAUGCUGAACGGAGCUGCAGCAAAGCUAUUUCCCAGGGCUUCUCUCUAUGGCUUGUUGACAGGAGAAAGUGUCAACCUAGAGACACAUACAGAACCUUCUGUCAGGUGAACAGAGGCGUAAGAUUAACUAUUUUUCUUUGCAGUACAAAGUGUAUAUGUUUGUGAGAGAGUCCACAUAAGUAAGGUGAAAAGUUAAACAUGCAAUGUAGAGCAUGAAAAGUUCCACAUCUAUAAAAUGGUACAUCUCAACAAACUGCACCAGAGUUGGAGGUUCAUGAGUUGUAUGGGCUAGACAGACUGUUGCAUGGGUACAGGUCUCUACAUUACCAUACAAACAACCAACAGUCCCAGGUAAGUUUGGAGAAUUGCACCAGUCUGGACAUUCUGUCGUGUUGUGAUGCUACAGUGCAAAAGCUACACAUCUUGGAUUUAUACAGCCUUAUAUUGACAUGUUUGUUACAAUUUUUGCUGCAAAUGAUUUGCAAAUGAAAUCAUUUUCAUCAAAAGACUUGUGCGUGGAGCUAGUAGGGCUUUGGGCCAGACUUGUCUCAGCAGGGUUGAGUGAGGUAAUGACCCCAGGUAUUAGGUUGUGACCCCAGCUAUGAGGUCAUGACCCCAGGUGUUAGGUCAUGACCCCAGGUGUUAGGUCAUGACCUCAGGUGUUAGGUCAUGACCCCAGAUGUGCAGCAGGAAAUUAUAAUGUUGCUGAUGGUAAAUUUGUGUAUUAGUUUGUUAUCAAUAUAUGAAUAUGUAUGUAUGUGUAGAAAGGGACAAUUUUUCUAUUCUUAAUCCUAUGGGAAAAUAUUUUCUUUUAAUGAUAAAAGGUUCACUGUGUAACAAUGUGAGGUGCAAAAGGUGAACAUUAGCUUUCUACAAUGCUGACUUUUGCCCUAGUAGACAAGAAAAGGUACUUGUGUGGCACUAUCAGGGCUCCACUUUACCAUACCUUAGAGCAGACCUUAGUUCCUCACACAACAGCACGUUGUAUUCAAUUGGCAAAUUAUAAGUUAUAACAUUAGUCAUGUGAAGUGGGCAGGCAAGGGGGAUAGCAAGAUGUACUUUUAUUUUCCUUUAGCUCAUACCAUGCAUGAGUGCAUAGGUGUAUGAAUUGUUCUAAAUCAUGUUGCAAAGCAUGUUCAGCCUUGCAGUACACCGUACACCAAAUGUUACACAGGGUACCUUAGCUCCUGGUGAAGCCAAAUGUACCUGGAAAAAACGGUCCAAAAGGACUGCCAAGUUACUCUUGCCUCAAAGACUUCAUUUGACACAUGACCAUACAUGAGCAGUUCAUAGUUCACCUCUUGAAAUUAAUUGGAUAUCUAUACCAAAAUGUCCAACUUACUGACAAUCUAUGUUUAGGCCAUGUGGCCUGGGUUCUACCUCUGAGGAUCCAUCCUGAAAGUGUUCAGUCUGAAACUUGAGUCUUAUAGGUGAGAGUUACUUCAAAGUCCAGGACCUAAACCUUUAUGCUUGUUGGUGCUUAUAUUUUUAUGUAUAUUUAAGUGGCAGGAGGACGUUUUCAGUCCAGUCUACAUUCAAUACAAUCUUGAUGUCCAUGUGUGCUACAUAACAAUAAAACAAAGGAAUCAUGGCA